GAAUGGGCGUGCGUGUGAUCGUCUUUCUCUGCUGUUCUCAGAGAGUCUGGUAACCGCAUUUUGCUCGAUCAGUGCUAGACGGUUAGAAUGGCGUCCGUACUGGAUCGGCCGAAGCUGAUGACCGAAGGCGCUGCUCCCAAGGACGGCGUACCGGACAUGACCGUCAUCAGCGAUAUCGACGAGUUCGGCAUCAACACGAACCUCAAAGUCCGCUACGGGAGAGACCAGAUCUACACUUACUCUGGUACUAUUCUCGUGGCCGUCAACCCGUACCACCAGCUAAAAAUCUAUGAAAUGGACACUGUCAGCAAGUACAGUGGAAAGAAGAUGAGUCACAUGCCUCCCCACGUCUUUGCAACAGCAGAGGCUUCCCUGGACUACCUGCAGCACCAGGGCAAGAACCAAUCCUGCAUCAUCAGUGGCGAGAGUGGGGCCGGGAAGACAGAGACGACCAAAUUCAUCCUCCAGUACCUCUGUGCGGUGACUGAGAGCGUCACUCAGUGGGUCGAACAGCAGAUCCUAGAGGCAAACACUGUUCUUGAAGCCUUUGGCAAUGCAAGAACCGUCCGUAAUGACAACAGCUCUCGCUUUGGAAAGUUCAUCCAGGUUUGCUUCGACAACCGUUUCCAGAUCAGUGGCUGCAUCAUUCAGGACUACCUGCUGGAGCUGUCUCGAAUCGUGUUCCAGUCCCGCGAUGAGAGAAACUACCACGUCUUCUACCAAAUGAUUGCUGGUGCCAUGGCCAGCUCAGAGCUACGGCACAGACUGAUGCUGGAGCCUGCCACGUCGUUCCAGUACCUCAAUCAGAGUGGGUGCUACACUCUCGAGGGAGUUGAUGAUGCAGCCAUGUUUGACCAACUCAGACUAGCCCUCCAGGUGCUGAAUGUGUCUCCCGACAUGUCAGACAACCUCUUCCAAGUCAUAUCGGCCAUUCUGUGGAUUGGGAACCUGAAGUUUGAGGACACGGAGAGCGAGGCUUGUCGACUGACGGGGGCCGACCGCGCGACUGUGAGGAGGAUUGCUCACCUGCUGGGGCUGGAGGAGACUCAGGUGGUCAAAGUCUGCACUCACGUCAGAUCACGGUCAAGGGAACCACCACCGACAUUGCCCUCAAGUACCACGAGGCAUGUGAGAACAGACAUGCCAUGGCCAAGGCCCUCUACUCGAGGACGUUCACCUGGCUGGUAAACCAGAUCAAUUCCUGUACCAACCCAGGCAUCGACUCCCAGAGGUUCAUCGGGGUCCUGGACAUCUUUGGCUUUGAGAACUUCUCUACAAACUCUUUCGAGCAGCUCUGUAUCAACUUUACAAACGAAAAGCUGCACAAGUUCUUCAACCACUACGUCUUUGCUCUGGAACAACAAACGUACAAGGAGGAAGGGAUCAAGUUCUCACACAUCACCUUCACCGACAACACAGAGUGCCUUGAACUUAUCGAAAAACCACCAAAAUGUGUUCUCCGUCUGUUGGAUGAAGAGUGUCGCUUUCCUCGGGGCACUGAUCAAUCGUACCUGGAGAAACUGCACCACGAGUUGGGCCGACAUCCUUACUUUGUGAAGGGAGCAGACAAGAGGCAGUGGACCAUUGAGUUUGGUGUACUCCACUAUGCUGGGCCGGUGGUGUACAAAGUGAAUAGGUUUCUGCAGAAGAACAAAGACGUGCAGCAGGACAUGUUCUUUGACUUCCUAGAGAUCUCCUCCAAUCCCUUCUGCAGGGAGAUUGCCAGAUACAGAGACCUUUUGCUCUCUUACAUGGAGUCAGCAGCAAAGAAGGCCACCAAGUCAAAGAGCCUUAUAACUGGCACAAAGAGUGGAAAGGGAAAGCCUACUGUAGGUGACACAUUCAGAACACAGCUACUGGCACUGGUUGACAUGUUGGACAUCACAACUCCAUGGUAUGUCCGUUGCCUGAAGCCAAACCAUGACAAGGCCUCCAAGUUCUAUGACGACGACCUCAUCAUCUCUCAACUGCGCUACUCGGGGAUGCUGGACAUUGUCAGGAUCAGGAAAGAGGGGUACCCAGUUCACGUCCCAGCAAGAGAGUUCCUUGCCAAGUACCAGUGCCUUGCAAGUGGUGGCAGAGACUCGCUCCCUCCGGAUCCCAAACAGGCAGCUCGAGUCAUCCUGUCCUCGCUCAAGGUCCCCGAGACCGAGUGGCAGGUCGGCAAGACAAAGGUGUUCCUCCGACACACUGUCUUUGAGCCACUCGAGAUCCGGCGACGCAAGUACCUCUCCAAGAAUGCGCUUCUCAUUCAGAAGGUCUGGAGAGGGUACUGUCAGCGGAGGAGGUUCAUUAGGUUGCGUUGGAGUGCCAUAAUUAUCCAGAAGAACUUCAGAGGUAGUCGACUGAGGAUUCAUUUCGUGAGGAUGCGCAGGGCGGUGGUGGUGAUCCAGGCACACUACCGAGGGAUGCUGGCGAGGGAGUUUGCAGUCGCACUCCGGAAGAAGAGGGCAGAAGAAGAGGCGAAGAGGAAGCGGUUGAAGAGGCUUGAAGACGAGCGAAGGGCAAAGGAGCUGGCCGAAAAGACCAUGGAGGAGUCGUACAGGGAGGCACAGAAGGAGCUCCUGACACUGGCCAAGAUUGCAGAGCACCGCAUCAAGAAAGCCGUGAAGAACACAGGAGAGGUUGACCUGGACGAGAUGUUCAAAUUCCUCGCCGACGACCCCAAGAAAACAUCGGGGAAAGAAGAGACAAGUUUCCUGGCCAGUAUCACCGAAGACUUGGAACAGAUGUUCCAAAAGGCCGAUGCUGCUUCUGAGCCGGCGAAAAAGCCGUCGCGUCCGGCACCCCAGGCCCCCGCUCAGGCGGCAGGGAGAGGAGGAGAAGGCCAGAGACCUCAGCCAUCUCUCUCGCGGACCCAGCGACGCCAGCGGAGGGUCAUGAAGAAACUGCUCGGUGUGGAGGACGAGAUGGCAAGGAAGGAAGAGGCCUUUGACCCGAGCGCAUAUCCAAUGAUCAAAUUUGCCGAGAUGUAUUUCAACGACUUCCCCAAGGACGCUGGUGGGUUCAGCACGCUGAGUCUCAGACGAGCCCCCAAGAUAAAGAACCCCAUCCUAAAGGCUGAGAUGCUGACCUACACGGGGAAGGCAAACAUCCCGACAUCCCUAGUUCACAUGCACGACCCGGAGAACGUUAACAUUGCCUGCGGGAUCUUCAAAGACCUGUGCAAGUUGCUGCGUGGGGACCUGAAGCAGGACCAGUACAGUCUCACCAUCCAGAGCACCAUUGCCUAUGGCAUCGAGCGGCCUGAGCUGAGGGACGAAAUCUUCUGCCAACUCAUCAGGCAGGUGACCGAGAACCCCAAGGACGAGGCCGUUUUCAGAGGCUGGCACUUCUUGGCUCUCUGCACCAUUGCCUUCCCUCCCAGCAAAAACUUCAACAAGUACUUGCAAGCAUUCUACCAGUUGAAAACAGACGACCGUCUUAUAGGGAGGUAUGCCGACUUCUGCCUCAAAACCAUAAGACAGACCAAAGCCAGUGCUCGCCGCUACCCUCCCUCCUCCAUUGAGAUAGCCGCGGUGAGGAAUCUGAACCCACUCAUUUGCCGGUUCUAUUUCCUGGACGGGAAGGCCAAGGCAAUGGGAGUGAGCCCCACCUCCACGGCCACUGAUGUCAUCAGAGCCCUGGCAGAGAAAAUUGAGCUACAGAUUGUGGAUGGGUGGGCACUGUAUGAGGUGAAUCCCGAAAGAGAGCACUUUAUCAAGGGCCACGAGUACAUAGCAGACGUCCUGGCUCAGUGGGAGAGAGACAGAAGAUCCUCCAUGACCAUGACCAAGUACACCACCGUCUCGCACAAACCCAGCUACACUGCUGCACUCGGCGGAGGUGACAGCAAGUUUGUGUUCCGAAAGAGAAUGUUCCGACGGCCCAAGGAGAUCCCAGAAGACCCUGUGGAGUACCAUCUCAUGUAUGCCCAGGCUGUUCACUCAGUUGUCAAGAUUGAUGAGUUUCCAAUCAACCAGGAUGUGGCUCUGCAGCUGGCAGGACUGCAUGCACAGGUCCUGUGGGGGGACCACGUGCAAGGCAUGGGGUCUCGCUACGACGAGGUGGAGCAGUAUCUCCAUCCUCGCAUAACUGCAGAGGAUCGCAACAAGACUCGUGAGGACUGGAAGAAGGCCAUCGCCGUGGCACACAAGUCCUAUGGGAUGGGUAAGACGGUGAUCGAGGCCAAGGUGUGGUACCUGAGUGCAGUCAAAUACUACCAGCUCUACGGCUGCACUUUCUUCCACGUCAUCUACAAGGGAUUCUGGGCCCAUCCCAACAACCUCAUCCUGGCCGUCGGAGUGAAGGGAAUUGCAUUUGUCAACCAGAAUACUAAGAUUAUUAUGGCGGAGUACAAGUACUCCCAGCUGCAGAGUGUGGCGGUGGGCAUGGUAGAGGAGACCGUCACUCUCAACAUGAAGGCCAUGGGUCAGGGCGAGCAGAGGAACUUCAGCUUCGAGACGGAGCAGAAGGAGGACAUUGCCAGUCUCAUUGCCUCGUAUUCACCAGCUCAUGGGAACUGGCAGAGGGUCGGGGAGGCCAAGACCAAAAUGGUACAACCUACCGAGGAGGAGAGAGCGACACUGUGGCAGGAGGUGUGGAAGUGUCGGAAGGCACUGGCAGUGGAGCACAAGAUGCUGCAGGAGCCUCCGGAGAAGGCAAACUUCCUCACAACCACACUCAGGAGGUACAAUCGAGCGCGGCUGGAGAGGCUGCGGAGAGCUCGCGAAGGGGCUGACUUUGAGAAGAUCUUCAAACAGUCGUUCUGGUCCUACAGCAAGAGCAUGCUGAAGCAGCCGCUCUCGGUCCUGGAGGGAGAGAAGGGAGACGAACUGGAGGACACCGCCCUCAAACUGUUUUACACCAUCCAGCAGCACGCAGGAAUCACACCAUCAAGUGGGUCAGGGUUCAUGGAGGUGGAGGCUGACGACUGUGUGACGAUGAUUCAACUGGCCACUCAGAAAUGUCUGGAGAAAGAGGCUCUCUGCAACGAGUUCUACCUCCAGCUCGUCAAACAGACCACUGACCAGCCAGAUCCGAACGGUCGAAUCAACAUUCAGAACUGGCGGUUCAUGUGUCUGACGUGUGGGGUGGUGGUACCACGAAACAAGGUCAUCCUCAACUACCUACAGGCCCACCUGCGACGCUGCUCUCUGGACCCUCACACGGACGAGGGGAAAUACGCUCAGUUUGCAAUGCAGGUGAGUAACCACACAGCAACUCUCCAUGUUGGCCCAGUCUCUGUUGUGUAUUUGUAACUGGAGUAUUGUUUGUUGUCACACGCGUCCAGUGCUUAAACAGAACUAUAGGUGCAAAGAACAGGAAAUACCCUCCUUCUUAUAGAGAAGUCCAGUGCAUCAUCAGAAGACGACCAAUACACGAGCGUUUCUACUUCAUGGACAGUCAGUUCAGAGGCGUCGAGUUUGAUGCUUCAGCAACUACACAAGAGGUGGUGGCAGUGGUGAAGGAGAGGAUUGGCCUCCUUCCGAGGGCAAUGGGAUUCUCGCUGUUCGAGGUCUUUGGUCAGCUGGAGAGAAACAUGCUGCCCAACGAGAAGGUGGCCGACGCCAUGUUCAAAUGGGAGAAGUACGCGAGGAGCACGCACUCGCCCAAAACACUCAAACUCACAUUCAAAAAACGGCUGUUUGUAAAGCCGUUCAUGAAUCCAAAUGACUCGAUAGAGUUCAGACUCCUGCUACACCAGGCUAUUGAUGAUGUGGUGAGUGACCGGUUCCCACUGUCUCUGUCAGAGGCAGUCUAUCUCGCUGGUCUCAGAGCACAGGUGGUCCUGGGACCAUACAGUGAACGAAUUGACCUGGUGGACUAUCACUCCAUCAUCGAGAGGUACGUACCAAAGUACAUGAGGACGAGGGCCCGCCCCGAGGACGUUGCCCGCAAGCACCGCGACCACGGAGACCUCUCCGAGCAGGAGUGCAACGAGAACUACUUGUUGUUCAUCCGCCAGUGGCCGCUCUACGGCUCCACCAUCUUUGACGUCCUCCAGGGCUACACGGGAACGCUGCCCAAGAACCUGUGGCUGGCGGUGAAUGAGCACGGGGUCCACAUUCUCAAGAGACGAGAGAAGGAACCGCUCGUGAGCUACGAGUACAAAGACAUUGUCAACUACAGUCCGUCUCUGAAGAACCUAAUGAUUGUGACUGAGAGCCUCACAAAGGGAACCAAGUUUGUCUUCAACACCAGUCAGGCAUCGCAGAUAGCUCACCUGAUACGAGACUACACGCGCGUGAUAGUGGAGAGACAAAGACUGAGUCAGAGUGGCUAUUCCAGACGACCGCCUCGCUAGAAACACAUACACACACUACAUUUUUAACCAAGACUAACACUGCUACACUUUUCGUCAUUUUGUAUG